AGGCGCGGCCGUGGCCCUGGGGGCAGGGGGCGGGUCGCGCAGGCGUCGUGCGAGUCGGUAGCGGCGGCGGUGGCUGGCGUAGCGGCGGCAGCUGGGAGAGGGUUCCGGGAAGAUGGUGCUGAUUAAGGAAUUUCGUGUGGUUUUGCCGUGUUCUGUUCAGGAGUAUCAGGUUGGGCAGCUUUACUCUGUUGCAGAAGCUAGUAAGAAUGAGACUGGUGGUGGAGAAGGAAUCGAAGUCUUAAAGAAUGAACCUUAUGAGAAGGAUGGAGAAAAGGGACAGUAUACACACAAAAUUUAUCACCUAAAGAGCAAAGUUCCUGCAUUCGUGCGGAUGAUUGCUCCCGAGGGCUCCUUGGUGUUUCAUGAGAAAGCCUGGAAUGCAUACCCCUACUGUAGAACAAUUGUAACGAAUGAAUAUAUGAAAGAUGAUUUCUUCAUUAAAAUUGAAACAUGGCACAAACCAGACUUGGGAACAUUAGAAAAUGUACAUGGUUUAGAUCCAAACACAUGGAAAACUGUUGAAAUUGUUCACAUAGAUAUUGCGGAUCGAAGUCAAGUUGAACCAGCCGACUACAAAGCUGAUGAAGACCCUGCAUUAUUCCAGUCAGUCAAGACCAAGAGAGGCCCCUUGGGACCCAACUGGAAGAAGGAGCUGGCCAGCAGCCCUGACUGUCCUCAGAUGUGUGCCUAUAAGCUGGUGACCAUCAAAUUCAAGUGGUGGGGACUGCAAAGCAAAGUAGAAAACUUCAUUCAGAAGCAAGAGAAAAGGAUAUUUACAAACUUUCAUCGCCAGCUUUUUUGUUGGAUUGACAAAUGGAUCGAUCUGACAAUGGAAGAUAUUAGGAGAAUGGAAGAUGAGACUCAAAAAGAACUAGAAACGAUGCGUAAGAAGGGUUCCGUUCGAGGCACGUCGGCUGCUGAUGUCUAGAUGAAUCCCCUGUAGGGUCAGAGACAAUAUCAAACUGUUUACGUAAUCAAGGUCAAGUGAGGGGAACAAGUGCAGCCAGUGAUGAGUGAAGAAGAAUCUGACCAGUAUCCACAGUGUUGAUGUUUCCUAGACUGUGCUUGUGAUAAUGUGCGCACAUGCACAGCUUCCCAGCCACGUGUGUAUAUGUGUGUGUGUGUGUCUGUAGCUGUAUAUAAAACGCAUGUAGAGCUGCAGACCUCGAUACACGCACUGGUGUAUAUAUGUACAUACAAACAUACUGAAGGGAUUAGUACAAUUUCUCCAAAGUACUGUACCUAUCUUCAAGAAUGCAAAAGAAAAUAUUUUCAGUAUAUAUACCUGGAACAGAUUUUAAUAAUUAUCAGAGAAAUAUCAUUAAUGGACAAAUUGACUGCAAUGUAAUACUAGCUGGUAUGUUUCAUAAAUGUCAAGUUGUGGACCAAUAUAUAUAGCCUUUUUGGUGAUUGUUCUUUUAAAUCAGUCUCUUACAAAUUUUUAUUUUAAUCCCAUCAGCAGCAGACUCCCACAGAAAAAUUUCUUCAAAACUUUUUAGUAUUCCAGUGAACCUGGAAUGUAAACUUUGAAUGUAUUUAUAACUAUUUCUUUCUGAAUAGUCAUUAUCUUGUAGCCAAAUUUGACAAAAAGUAAGGAUUAAAGUUACAGACCAGUUUUUACUUGUUUGCCCUGAGGGAAAAUCCUUUUAAAAAAUUUUUUGAUUUUUAUUGGAUUUUUAUAUUUUAAAUUUCAGAUAUUUUUCUACAUCAAACCUAGCAAAAAUUGAGAUAAUGGUUUGUGUUUUGUAAUAAACACCAGACAAUUUUCAGGCUCCUGGUAGGCAAACAAAUAAACUGAUGAAGAAAUUAGUCUUUAUAGUGCUGUAGCCUGUGCAAAAAAUUGAAAGUGUGGCACAUCCACGGAGUCUUGUUUCGAGAAUGACUUUUCUGGAGUUACAGCUUGGAAACUAUGCAAGUGGUCCAGAUUUCUCACAGCUUACACGAUACAAUAUAGAUAGUGAUAGUGUUUUGCUCUUUUUGUGUUGAAAUAUGCUUCAAGUGGGAGAUGCUGACUUUGAGAUAGGAAUUUAAGAUGCAGCAUGAGUCUUGCCUGCCCGUGGUUAGAAGGCCCUGCCUAGGGACUGGUGGACCUUCAACUCUGGGAUGUGCUCUCAAGUAGGAAUAUAUCCUGAAUGGGCAUCGUGAGAAAGGUGGUAAGAAGUUACUGACACUUUUUUUUUUAAAGGAAGGAACAAUAUCAUCAGCUUUCUCUGUCCUAAUCCAGUUUUUUUCUUGUCAGCCCUGGAAGCUCGAAUGGAAUGAUAUUAUUGAAGCCUUCAGGUCACAAACUGUCUUUUUUAACCUCCCGUUCCUCCUAAAAUGCUCCAGCCCCUGCAGUCAAAUCACGUUAGUAAUCUGAUUUCCUGACAGUCCUGCCCUCCCUGCUCCUUGUUUUCUCACACGUCCUGUGUCCUCACUGGAGCGAUUGCAGUGAAUCAGACAGGGAAGGAUGUUGAGGAUCACCACUGCAUUGGGAGACCCUGUCGUCCUCAGCAACAAACCCCACAUUUCAUAUAUCCUUUGUGUACUCAGGAUAAAGACUGAUGUUUACUCUCUGGGCGCUGUUGUAAGAUAAGUUUUGUCAGAGCAUAAUCAUUGUCUGCAAAGUGUUUGGUGCGAGGAAGAUCAUUGCUAAUUUUGUGAAAUGAAGAGUCUAGCCCUCUCCUUUUAAUGAAUUUAACUCUCGCUGGCAUCUGUAGCAUCAUUGGGAGCUUGGGUGCACAUGGAAAUGAGAGCCCGGCGCGGGGAUCUUAAUGUUUUUCUAACAACUGUGGAGAUUUGAGGGAAUGUGUGGUGAAUGUAAAAUACCUAGUUUACUUGGCAGUCUCUUGUGUAAAUUACAGUAAAACAAAGUAAAUGAAAUUUAAAUAAAAAAUAAAUUUGAGCCGG